CGGCCACACUGCGCCCCAAGAAAAACAAGAAUAGUGAACUCAGUCACAACAAAUAGCAAAAAGAGUUCGAAAUGCAGGAUUUUCUGCCUUCGCUGGAUGUUCUCUUUCUUGGACUACCAGGCCACUACUCGGUAGCGCUGGUCACCCUUCUGCUGUGCGUUUUGGUCGCCUUCUACUUCGCCAACAUCUUCAAGGACAAAGGCGAACUGGAGGACGAGGGCCUGGGGGCCGACGAGCCGCGCGAUGAGGAGGAUUCCGAGUCACGGACUCCGCAAGGGGAGGAAACCGACGAUGACGAGGCCUACGAAGAGAACUCCACCGAAAGCGAAGUUGAGCUAAUCGAGGAACAGCUGCCCGAGCACAGCUACAACCACCUGAUGGGCCAGCUCAAGGCCAAGAGGCUCCAGCAUAAGAUGGAGAAGACCCUGACUCCCAGCCAAAUCGAGGAGGAGCGCCGAAUAGAGCGCGAGCAGCUGGCGGCCAUCUUUGAGCUCCUGCGCAAACAGGAGGCGGAAUUGAACCUCCAGGACCGAAUAAGCGACCAGGAUCUCAAGCAGCAGGUGCGGCUCUAUCGCUGAAGUGGCGCCGAGCCUGGGCUCACCCUACCUGAAUGUACAGACUUGUGUGAUCUAUUAGUUUAAUGUUUAAAAUUCCAAGAUUUGGUGUUGCCUCAUACGGUCCACUAAGUGCGGGCAAGUCUUUAGUCAGAGAGCUAUCUCAUCAGUCGAUGAUGUCGGAAUAUAAUAUCUUAGUUGUAUGUAAAUUAUAUGUAUUCCACUUCGAUCUAUGUAUUUUGUGAGUUCCUGGUGUUAUUAAUAUCUGAUUUAGAUUUGUAGUAAAUGGCUGUUCGGCUCUUAGUCUCUUAAAUCAGCUUUCGAAUUAAGAAUAUAUGUAUAUAUUUUAACGUGUUACAAGAUAAAAACUCGCGAUCAGAAAGUGUAUAGAUUUAAACACAAUUAAUCGCCAAAUUCGUUGGUUAGAUUUAAAUUGUGUUCAUAUAACUUUGGAUUUAUUUGUUCAAUAAAGAAUGUUUAGCUGUGUUAAGAUGU